AUGGCCCCCGCCACCAAGUUGAUCCGAACCGUUCUCGUCUGUGUGGCCGCCUCGGCCUUCCUCCUCUGGGUCGGGAGGGCCCUCCUUUGCAACGAGGAUCUGGCCCUGCCGCGCGUCGCGCCCAGCCCUCAAGCGCAGAUCACAGGCACGCCGGACUCCGAUGCCUCGUGCUCCAUCUACGUCCUGGACCCGGUGCAGGAUCUGGGCCUGCCCCGGUGCAACUUUGCAGACCCCGCCGUCUGGCCCUUUGCCGCCCCAAACAACAAGCUGCAGGCCUCCGGGCCGCUGCAACACUGGGAGCAGCAGCACGCCGUCAACUACUGGGUGGCACAGGCCAUCGCAAUGAGCGGGUACCAGACCAACGACCGACAUGGCGCUGACAUGAUCUUCCUGAACACGCACUGCUUCGAGGCGUGGCGCCUGGGCUGGCUGUGGAACACACUGCCGGAGAGGAAGACGCGCAGCAUCAUUCCCAUCCCAGACCUCCAGCUGCAGCCGGUGCUGCAGCACCUGCACACCUGGCCGCAGUGGCGCGCCGACAACGGCGCGCACAUCGUGGUGACCCCCUUUUACCCCGGCACCCCCAACUCCACCGUCAACCUCCUGCGCCCCUGCAACUCCUCCGUCUACUCCCUGGUCUCCACGCACAAGUCCUUUUGCAAGAAGGGCCUGCAACAUCACAACGACCAGGGCCUCAUCCUCCCCUUUGUGACAUCCAUUCCCAACGAGGGGCCGGAGGUCCUGAAAACGAAACGGGACAUCUUUGUCUUCUACCGCGGCGGGUGCUCGCACCCCUCCCUCGCGGAGAAAUUCGUUUGGGGCAAGAUCCAGCGGCGGGCGGUGGUGCAGGCCCUGACCGCCCUGAACAAGCCGGACCUGGACCUGUCCUGCGCCUGCGACAUCUGCCCUGGCGCCCUCGACCACGACGAGACCCUGAGACGCAUGCUGCGCUCCACCUUCUGCCCCGUGCUGGCGGGGGACGCGCAGACCAGCCGGCGCCAGGUGGAGGUGAUCCUGUCCGGCUGCGUCCCCGUGUACGUCGGCCCCGGCUGGCACACCCUACCCCUGGCCGACGCCAUCGACCACGCCGCCUUCAGCGUGUUCGUGCACGUGAAGGGAACGGUGCCCUGGAUCGUCACCGACCCGGCCAAGCGCACGGCGCUCAACGGCCCCACCCUUGAGCGGGAGUGGUACAUGGACGCGGAGCUGGGGCCGGGGCAGGUGCUGGAGGUGGAGAGCGUGGCGGGGAUCGAGGCCGCGCUGCGCGCGCUGCCGCCAGAGGUGCUGGCCGCCAAGCAGGCCGCGCUGCGCGAGGCGUACGGCCAGUUCUCCUACCGCCCCGCGCCGGGGGAGAUCCAGUCCGGCGCAGGGCGCAUCAUCGUGGAGAACAUCUGCAGGCGCGCGCGCGCGGCGAUGAGCCGCUGA